GGGCCGAGCCUGCGCCGGGGAGUCUUCCGCCGCCACCUCGGGCGGCGCUCACCGGGGCCCCGAUGGUGGGUCCGGAGGAUGCCGGAGCCUGCUCGGGGAGAAACCCGAAGUUGCUCCCUGUGCUGGCGCCCGAGCCCGCGGGCCAGGACGGGAAGAUGAUCCGGGCCACGGGCGGCUUUGGCGGAGGCGCCGGCGCUGUGGAGCCGCCGGAGGAGCAGGAGGAGGAGGAGGAGGAGACGCCGCCUCAGCAGCUCCUUCGGCGUUACCUCGCGGUGGCCGGGGGGCAACUGGAGCCUGGGCUGUGCUCCUGUCCGCUCCCCGUCGGCCAGCCCCGCGCCCCGGCGGACGCUUGCCCGCCGGACUCGGGCUCCAAGCACCGCGGCGCGGAGGCGGCGGAUACCUGCACGCCGCGGCACGGAGGCAUGACCAACGGGGACUCGGGCUUUCUGCCCGGCCUGGACUGUCACGACCUGGAGGAGGCUCGCGGGCUGGCCCGCGCCGGCGGCCGGGAGCCGCGCCCCCGCCGCCUCUGCCUGGAGGGGCCUGGCGACGAGGGCGCGGACGGCGCGGGCAGCCGGUCCAACUGGGCCGCGCAGCUCGAAGACCCGCUGCGGAGCUGCUGCCUGGCGGCGGCGGACCCCGAAGAGCCCGAGGGCGCGGGCAGCGGCUCGGGGGCCAGCCCGGCCAGCGGCGGCAGCAGCAGCGAGGACUUGGAGCCGCCGGGAGCCGGCACCAGGGGUCCCGAGGAGGGCGCGACCCCCGCCACCGCCGCCGAGAGGACUAGCGGGUGCGCGGGCGCCGAGCCGCGCCUCGGCUUCUCGGACGUUCUCUUGAACUCUCGGAACACGUUCGAGGUGAGCCGCCGCCAGAGCGCCCAGGACCACCUGCCGCCGGCCGGCCCGCCGGCGGCCUCGCCCGCCGUGGAGCAGGGCCCCGCGGGGACCUCGACCUGGGCUCGACGGAGCGGCGGCUUCGCCGACUUCUUCGUCAGAAACCUUUUUCCAAAAAGGACAAAGGAACUCAAAUCAGUUGUCCAUAGUGCUCCUGGUUGGAAAUUAUUUGGUAAAGUCCCUCCCAGAGAGAAUCUUCAGAAAACUUCCAAAAUCAUUCAGCAGGAAUAUGAAGCACGAACAGGGAGGACCUGUAAACCACCACCUCAGUCUUCAAGACGUAAGAAUUUUGAAUUUGAGCCUCUUUCUACCACUGCCCUGAUUCUCGAGGAUCGACCAUCAAAUCUUCCUGCUAAAUCUGUGGAAGAAGCUUUACGUCACCGACAAGAAUAUGAUGAAAUGGUGGCUGAGGCUAAAAAACGAGAAAUUAAAGAAGCACAUAAAAGAAAAAAAAUAAUGAAAGAACGAUUUAAACAGGAAGAAAAUAUUGCAAGUGCAAUGGUAAUUUGGAUCAAUGAAAUACUGCCCAAUUGGGAAGUAAUGCGUAGUACGAGAAGAGUUCGAGAAUUGUGGUGGCAGGGAUUGCCCCCUAGUGUUCGUGGGAAAGUUUGGAGUCUAGCUGUAGGAAAUGAACUAAAUAUCACUCCUGAACUUUAUGAAAUCUUCCUCUCAAGAGCAAAAGAACGGUGGAAAAGCUUCAGUGAAACAAGUUCAGAGAAUGAUACAGAAGGUGUAUCUGUUGCUGAUCGGGAGGCCAGUCUGGAAUUAAUUAAGUUGGACAUAUCUCGUACAUUUCCAUCUCUCUACAUCUUUCAGAAGGGUGGCCCAUAUCAUGAUGUCUUACAUAGUAUCUUAGGGGCAUAUACAUGUUACAGACCUGAUGUUGGUUAUGUACAAGGGAUGUCCUUCAUAGCAGCAGUUCUCAUUCUCAAUUUGGAAGAGGCAGAUGCCUUCAUUGCAUUUGCAAAUCUCCUGAAUAAGCCAUGCCAGUUGGCCUUUUUUCGUGUGGAUCACAGCAUGAUGUUGAAAUAUUUUGCAACAUUUGAAGUAUUUUUUGAAGAAAAUCUCUCCAAACUAUUUCUUCAUUUCAAAUCUUAUAGUCUUACACCAGACAUAUACUUGAUAGACUGGAUCUUCACACUAUAUAGCAAAUCACUACCCCUUGAUCUCGCCUGUCGAGUCUGGGAUGUAUUUUGCAGAGAUGGGGAGGAAUUUUUAUUUAGGACUGGAUUAGGAAUCCUCCGAUUAUAUGAAGAUAUUCUCCUACAGAUGGAUUUUAUUCAUAUAGCACAGUUUCUAACUAAAUUGCCAGAAGAUAUCACAUCAGAAAAGCUGUUCAGCUGUAUUGCAGCCAUUCAGAUGCAGAAUAGCACCAAAAAAUGGACUCAGGUCUUUGCAUCUGUAAUGAAGGAUAUUAAAGAAGGAGACAAGAAUAAUAGUCCGGCUCUGAAAAGCUAAUCUUCAAAAUUAACAGACUAAUUGAAAGAUAAAAAAUGUUUUUUUGAUAUAAGUUUUUUGUUUCCUAUGUAAAAAGCAUGGAAGAAAAUGUUGGAGAAAUCUGAAAGAAUCAAGACAUGGAAAAUUGCUGAUUUUGAAUUCCAUGGCUGAAGUAAAUGAAAUGAAUAACCUAUUGUGACAGUAUUAAUAAAAAAGUAUUUUGUAGGGAGAGCCAUUUUACAAAGGAAAAAGUUUAAAUGGCUAGUUCAUACUCCAUAAUUUGGAGUGAACAAGUUUAAUGCAAUAAAUUUUUUAACAACUUUGGAGAUACUUCAAAUUUUUACAUCAUCUUUUCUUUUUUAACAGUUAACAUAAAGGCACUUUGGAGGUCAGAGCAAGAUUGUUAGUAUACUACUUUAACUUCCAAAAUACUAUUUGAAAUAAACACCUUAGUAAAUACAGAUAUUAUCUCCAGUUCCAGCCUUUUGAAGAUAUUAUAGACCAAGAAUAAGCAACUUGGAUUGUAAAUUAUUUAAGUCACUGAAGUUGUUUAUCUUCAUUGACAGACUGGAGCAAGUUUGGGUUAUCUGGGAACUGGAAGUAUUGGUGGAAGAUGGUUUAGCGUUUGUUUAGGUGUUUUUCUACAGUAUCAUGUCUAUUUGUUUUUGGAGAGAAAUUGUUUCUUUUCCUUAAGGAAUUCCUAUCACUCAAAGAAUUUUAGCCUUUCUGUUUCUAGUCUAAUAAAUUGUUCAUCUAGUAAUUUAAGAAAGUCUAAUUGGUAGAAGGAAAGUUCUUUGCACUUUAGUGGACCGACGACUUGAUUUUGGGAGUAAGUCCAUAAAUAUAAAUGAGGUUUUUCACUGAUAAGAGUAAAAAGUAAUGAAUUCUAAGAGUUCUUAAAUAGCAUGCUACUUGGCAAGACUUUAAAUUUUUUAAUUAAAGUUCCUUCACUGUUUGUAGAAACAAAAUUUAAUUCCAGUUUGAAAUUUGAAAUCUUAAUAUGUAGCCAAGUCCGUGACUUGUAAAAAACACUGUGUAUAAUUUUCUAAUCAAUGGAAGUAAGAGUAAAAGAAAAAGGUAAAAUUAACUUUUUUCUAAUGAGUCUAACUUUGAUGAUAUAGUUUAUAAAGUAAUUAUUAAUUAUUGGUAAAUUGACAUUAAAUUUAUUGUAAUAUGUUUAAUUCUUGAACCUAAAAUAAAUCACUUGAGUAUUAUGAGUGAUAUCUGUAUUACAUGCUAUUUGGUUAGUAAUUAGAUUUAUAGUGUGCUUUUAUGUUGCAGUUUGGUUUGAAACAACACUUAAGCACACUAUUUGUGUUAGUGGUAUAUAGUCUUCAAACUAACGAGCCUGAGAACCUUGUUAGUGUAGUGAUUGCCUCUUUAGGAGUAUGGGACCAGAUGGUACCCAUAUAUUUUUACCCCAUGGGUCAUUCUAGCCUAGGGACCACUAGUGGAACCCUCAGAAGUCAACUCCUGUCAUAGGAGCUUGCUUAGUGGAAACUAGUAGUGUAAUAAAAUAUUGAAGGAGUGCCCAGGGUCUCAAUCGGUUUUAGGAUGACAUUUUAACUUUGGUAACUACUUCCUUGUCAUUGGUGUCCCUGAUAGAGGGAAUGUAACCCCUGGCAGUGAUCUCAUUGAAGUUAUACUACUGGCCUAAAUUUAAUCUUUCUUUUGUGUAUUUGUUUCCUGAGUUGAACCUAAGUUACUGUAUUUCUUUUUCUCACUUUUAUUAUUGUACAGUUUCUUUAUCUUUCAAGUAUAAAUGUGUAUAUAAAAUAUAAAUACAAGGAAUUCACUAAAAACCACUACCAAUAAUUUCUGUGUAAAUAAAACUUGUAAACAGAGUAAUUAAGUGAAACGAGUCUUCAUUACUUUGGGGAUAUCCGGUUUAUUUAACCACAUUUGGAGAAAAAAAGGAAUAAACUUUUUUUUGCCAAAUUUCUCUUGCAAGGGAUGCGCUAGUCCUUCAGCUUCUUGAGACUAACAAUACUGGCUGCUAAAAUAUUGUACUGUAUCUUCCCUUGAACCUCCUAUACAGGCAAUAUGGGGUUAUUCACAUGGUCAGUGUAUGACAGUUUAUUUGGUCAAUUAAAAAAUAACUUUUCCUAAAAUCCUCAAGAUAAUGUGAAACUUAAUAUGGUGUUUCAUUUGUUUGUCUACUUAAUUAAUAUAUAUAUUUCUCAUUUCAUUGUCCUUUUAUUUAUUUAU